CUGAGUACCCGGCGUGGUCGUCCCGUUAUAGAGUUAGACGGUUACCGCUAUUACAAAAACAAUAGAAGUAAAGGGCGCAUCGCUUCGUGGUUCUGUGCGCAGGGAAGGUCAUACCUUGCUUGCCGAGCUUCGUUAAUAACCAGAGAUAACGUCGUUGUUACAGUUAAGAACACGGCCGCACAGCACAUGUUCACGACCUCACGUUUUGGGAAGCCCGCGAUUCAGGUUGGCAAGUAUCGUUUUAACAAAAAUAACCGGAGCUACGGACCCAGGGUUUUAUGGGUGUGUUGUAGAGUCAGCUCCGGCUGUCGCGCUAGUAUCACUACGAUUGAUGACGUCAUCAUUAAAGAGAAGUCUACACACAACCAUUAA